GCUCGGUCGAUCCUCGAGCCGAAGAUGCGGCGGGGUUGGAAGAUGGCUCUAACCGGGGGGUUGCGGUGCUGCCGCCGGGUACUGUCCUGGGUGCCAGUGCUCGUUAUUGUCCUCGUCGUGCUCUGGUCCUACUAUGCCUACGUCUUUGAACUCUGCCUGGUGACUGUUUUGAGCCCAGCAGAAAAAGUUAUCUACCUCAUACUUUACCAUGCCAUAUUUGUUUUCUUUGCUUGGACCUAUUGGAAAUCUAUCUUUACACUCCCACAGCAACCAAACCAGAAGUUCCACUUGUCUUAUACAGAUAAGGAACGCUAUGAAAAUGAAGAGAGACCUGAAGUCCAGAAGCAGAUGCUUUUUGAUAUGGCCAAGAAGCUACCAGUUUACACAAGAACCGGGAGUGGAGCUGUACGAUUCUGUGACCGGUGCCAUUUGAUCAAGCCAGAUCGCUGCCACCACUGCUCUGUCUGUGCCAUGUGUGUAUUAAAAAUGGACCACCACUGCCCUUGGGUUAAUAACUGCAUUGGAUUUUCCAACUACAAAUUUUUUCUUCAGUUCUUAGCUUAUUCUGUUCUCUACUGCCUAUACAUUGCCACAACAGUCUUCAGCUAUUUCAUCAAGUACUGGAGAGGGGAAUUGCCCAGUGUUCGCUCUAAGUUCCAUGUACUUUUUCUCCUCUUUGUGGCCUGUAUGUUUUUUGUCAGCCUUGUGAUUCUCUUUGGUUACCACUGUUGGCUUGUCAGCAGAAACAAAACUACCUUAGAAGCCUUCUGCACUCCAGUGUUUACAAGUGGCCCAGAGAAAAAUGGGUUUAACCUUGGCUUCAUUAAGAAUAUCCAGCAGGUGUUUGGAGAUAACAAGAAGUUCUGGUUAAUACCUAUUGGGUCCAGCCCCGGUGAUGGCCACUCCUUCCCCAUGAGGUCUAUGAAUGAGUCACAGAAUCCACUACUAGCAAAUGAAGAGCCUUGGGAAGACAAUGAGGAUGACAACCGAGAUUAUCCAGAAGCCUCUUCGUCUCUUACUGUGGAAACGGAAACAUAGCAGUUUUCACUUUUUCCUGCAUCUCUCAGACAGGACCCACCAUUUCCCAUGAGGCUUACAGAGUUCAGUGCCGGGAACCGUUGUAACCUUCAAAGCAAAGCCACCAUGCUGGAUUGAAAGCUUCAGGAUUUGAAAGUAUCCCAUCCAGUCCCUGCUGGGCGGACAAUUCAGGACUUUACCAUUUGUUUCCUUUACUGACUGAACUUCAAUCUGGUAGCAGUUAAUUCAAGACAGUUCUCUCUUCAUUUUUUCCUGCUCCGAUGCACAAAAGCCUAAAUGUAAAGUCUAUCUUUUUAUUCAUCUUUUCAGGUAGAAGGAAAUUCAUGAGAUUUCCUUGCUGUCUUCAGUUCCCCCAGAAAGACUAGCAAUCAUAUCUGUAGGGUCUUUUGGGUGCUGAAGGGAAGCAGACUACAAAGCGUUGGCUGUUUGUGUGCAUGUGCAUUGAUAAACAGGUGUGUGUGUGCGGCAUAUCUCUACAGAAUUCUGCUAAGACUUGUGAAAAAAAAAACAACAAGGUUUGAAAUACACAAAGGCUUUUACGUAUUCAUGCUUUUCGCCUUUGGAGCAUUUUCAAUAUUUGCAGAACUUGGACCUGUCCCCAUAUCAGGUAUCUCAAUUUUGAGAGGGGAGAUUCAAUACACUGUGACCAAGGUGCUCAACUUGGGAAUUCAAUAACAAUGUAAAAUCUGUUCUCUGUCACACAAGUUCCUGAAAGCACCACAGCG